GUCCACAACAGACUGCCAAAACGUAGGAGUACCGGAUGGAAGGCCAAAGGUGGAGAGGCGGUAACGGUUCAUUGAGGCUGGGGGAAAGGACGAAGCUCCGGGAGGAGGACCUCUGGCGCGGUGGAGGAGACCCGAAGCUGGAGAUCGAUGUCGUUGGCUGUCACAAUGUGAUCGCACGUCUGAGCCAUACCGCAUCGGUUCAGACUGAUGUCGACGGAACAGGACACCGGGGCACUGCCACGACGCAGUGCCAGAAUCGCAGUUCGUGCCCGCCCUGCAGUACCUCCAAGACCGAAGAAACUCAGCAGRCGGACGACUCCAGCAGCAUCAAGUACGGCAUUGACGGUACAAGACGCCACCGGAGAUCAUCCCGGACGACUCCAGCAGCAUCAAGUACGGCAUUGACGGUACAAGACGCCACCGGAGAUCAUCCCGCAUACCCAGUCCGAGGAGCCAAUGAGCCCGCGACUGAUUAUCGUGGGCGGCUACUGGCAUUUUCAGAAGCCGUAGCUGCCGUCGAGGCCCGGAAGGAGAUAGCAGAGGCAGAACGUCAGCGGCUAGCCAAUGCAGCGGCAGCCGAAGCUCAGCGAACGACUGAGACUGACGCAGCGACACGAGACAGACGGAAUGCCAGCAGCACGGAGUCCUUGAUUGCUUGUGAGCAUUUGUGGACGACGGUACUCCAAGACAUGAUCUUUGUGCCUACAGAAGCGCAGGCAGACCCAACACCGGCGGAGGUAGAGAGAAGUAACCUGGCUAACUUACUGCUGGGCAUGAUGAGAGGUAUUAUGUGGAAUAAUACACUGCUGCAGUCACAUUUGCGUGCGGACGUGACGCAGCGACAAACAUACAAGAAUGAUAUGACUACGUUAACCACUGCUAUCCGCACAGAGGCAAUGCAGCAGCAGCAACARCAUCAACUGUUGAAUUCCACUGUCACACGCGUCAACAGCAUAGAGGCUAACGCCUCAGCAACGCCAGGCUGCACGACAGACGUGACGAAGCAACUCAACGAGCGCAUCGAUCAUGUCGUCACCAUCAUCGGCAACAUAAGUACGUUCACUGGACCAGACUCGAUCAGCAGCACGGUGGCUUCCAUCAAGAUGGACCUCACCAAGCUACAGACGAGACCGGAAGCUGCUAUAAAGACGUUCAAGAUGCCGCACUUCGACAUCAGCAAGUUCGACGACUACAACAAGUCGGACGCCUUGUCAUGGUGGCAACGCUUCCUCACGGAAGCAUCAUGCCGCAUGGUCCUGGCGGACGACAUGUUGAAGGCACUAUAUCUGCAGCUGAUUGGAGGAGCGCAGGGAUGGAUGAACCACCUAGCGGCUACACACAAGUGCACUAUCGCCGAACUCCACAYGCACAUUACGUGGAAGGAGUUCGAGCAGCUAUGGUUCACCCGGUUCAUGGUCCGCAACGUCGURAAGGCGKCCAUGAAUGAGGUGUACACAUGCUCUCAAGGGAACAUGCCRACYCGAGACUGGACAACGAAGUGGCAAAAGAUAGUGACCACAGCAGGUUUCGAUUUGACAUUUCCAAAUCAACGAUCCGAGUUCUUCUCACGAUCGUGCGCGGGAUUGCGGUCGUCACUCGGUAAUGAGUACGACUAUACCACAUUCCAGRCCAUUCUGGAUCGAGCGAACUUGGUCAUCCAAACGGACGACAAGGCCGCUAACGAGAGACAAUCCCAGCCGCACUAUGUGGCUAAGCAGACCUAUCAACGUCCGACACAUAACAAUGCCGUAUUUUCUAAAGAAAUCGACGACCACCACACGGCGGCAGCAUCCUCGAGUGAUGGAGGAAUUGUCGCAGCGCUCCCGCCGAAGCAUCCGAAGAGAGUUCGCAAGAACAAGGCGACACAAGGGACAGCGGCGACGGGAGCUGGGCAGCAGCCAUGGACGGCUUAUAAGAWCACCAAGGAGGUCUAUGACCUACGUCAGAACCACGUGCAUGUAGAUUGCGUAUGCGCAGCCUGUACACCGUCGGAAAGUGAUCCGGUCAGUUCGCCACUGAUUUUCGAGGACUCGACGGCGUGGUCAAGACUUGAGGAGCUUGACCCGCUCACGAGAGAGGACUUCGCCUGGAUGCCUCUACCCUCGACCGGAACCUUGCCAAGGCCGCAUUGCAACGCCUUGAUGGCAAAUCUACGCUCCUACUUGCACACUACAGUACCAGCUCCGUUGACGGACGACGGGGUAGCGGUUGCCGAUCUCCGCUCCUAUCUUGCGAAGAUCGACCGCGAGCACGCCACCCAAAGGUACGCCGAAACCGACGCACCUUUGCUCUAUAUCCGCAUUCAAAUCGGAAAGGCAACCUGUUGUGCCUUGAUUGAUUGCGGAGCGUCUCGCAACUUUAUGAGUCAAGCCUUUAUGGCCCGCGAAGGUCUUCGCCCGCGCGUUCGAAGAAAGACGCAACCUACGCAAGUUACACUCGCGGACGGCCGCAUGCAAAAGUCAAUUGACCGAUGCGUUGAUGGCGUUCCGGUCUACUUUGCGCCACUUGCGUGCGAGCCGGUGUCUUUUGACAUCCUCGACACCAAGUUUGACAUGAUUCUAGGCAUGUCUUGGCUGCGUAGCGCCGAUCAUCCGGUAAACUUCCAUGACCGAACCGUUCACACCCGUGAUCGGAACGGAGUGUUAGUCCCAUGUACGGUCGCGACCCCUCACACUUCGAUUGCUUGUCACGUGGUUUCCGUUGCGAGAAUUUGCGACGCUAUUGCUCGGAAUGACGUCGAGGAGAUGGACCUUGUAUUCUUGCAUGCUCUCCCCUCGCCGGACGGACCAGCCGCGUCACCDCCGGACCCACGCAUUUCUCACCUAUUGGACGAGUAUAGAGACGUUUUCGAGGCUCCCACCKGAAYGGUUCCGGAUCGGCCCAUACGUCACGGGAUCACUCUCGAGGCAGGCGCCGUCCCUCCGCGUGGAUGUAUCUACCGCAUGAGCRAAGAGGAACUCGAAGUGCUUCGCGCACAACUCGAUGACCUUCUCGACAAGGGCUGGAUUCGCCCUAGUUGCUCGCCAUAUGGUGCACCUGUUCUCUUCGUCCGGAAGAAGAACAAAGAUCUACGGUUAUGCAUCGAUUAUCGCAAACUUAAUGCACAAACCAUAAAGAACGCCGGCCCUCUCCCUCGGAUUGAUGAUCUCCUUGAGCGGUUAGGCGGCGCGACGUACUUCUCGAAGUUGGAUCUGAAGUCAGGUUACCACCAGAUUGAAAUCCAGCCUCAAGACHKGUACAARACYGCGUUCAAGACGCGGUAUGGGCAUUUUGAGUGGGUGGUCAUGCCAUUUGGCCUCACCAAUGCCCCCGCAACGUUUCAAUCAGCGAUGACGACCGAGUUUCGCGACUUGCUCGAUCGCAGCGUCCUCAUCUACCUUGAUGAUAUCUUGGUUUAUAAUAGGACGUUGGACGAGCACAUCAUACACCUUCGCGUUGUUUUGAAUCGUUUGUGACUAGCCAAAUACAAAGCGAAUCUCGACAAGUGCGAAUUCGCCAGGCAAGAGCUUGAGUACUUGGGCCAUUUUGUC